CCAACCCUGUCUCCCUUCCUGCUCCAGGCUAAACCCCAUCUCCCCAAGGCCCAGCUGAAAGUCUUCAGCCCAAGUGCAGGUAGCACAGGUGUCAGGCAGGCCUGGCUGGGACUUAACCCCUCGUCUCCCAGCUCUGGUGUAGAGCGUGCACACCCCACCGUUCCAAGCAGAGACCAGACCCCACGGGACAGUGUCCAUGUUACCCACGCAGCUGCCACCACCCCAGGACCAAGAGGGCAAUAGAGUCUGUGCUGCCCACUAGGACGUACUCGAGGGCAGGCUGUGCAUGGCUGGAGGGCAUUUGCCUCUGCUGCCAGCUUGGCACCUUCUGCGUGCAAAGCUAGAGGGAGGCUGGACCUGUCUGCCAGCUGCGGAGAGCAGAGAUGGGCUCCAAGGGGCCUGGGUGCCGGGGGGAGCGGCUCCGUCACGCCGGUUCCCUGAGCAACGAGCCCCGGGACAGUGCAGUGCAGUGCAGAGGGGGGGCAGUGCCGGGGAAUGAUCUGAAGCCAACAUGACGGAGGCGUGCCCCUCCAGGCAGGACGAAGCCGAGCCCAGGACACAGUAUCGAGGCUAACAGCGGUUCUGGUCCAGAAACAGAAGGCGGAGGUUCGCACGCACAAGGCUUCCCCAGCCCAGCCCCGUCAACGCUGCUCUCCUUCCCCAUUUUGUGUUGCAUUUUCCAGGAUAGUUUUAUCUACUUUUUUGAGACCAUUGCCAAAAUUGCUGCCAGGUCCUGCCAGGAGCCGCAUGGCCCAGUUUCCCACUCAACGCCAGCCAGCAUUGGGCCACCGUUUGGCCACGGGAUAGUGAGAAACGGAUGGAUGAAGACGUUGGUUACAACCCGGGCUGGACCAAAGCACCAAAGAGAGAGCCAGGGCUCUGCUGGGCGCCCCGCUCCGCCCGGCCGGCCGGCUCCCGGCGCUGACUCGGGGGCAGGCCGUGCGGUGGCAGCGCUCCCCCACGACACCGCAGCGGGGCUGCGGGUGCCCCGCGCUGCGCGCCGCUUACCUCGCGCCGUGCCUCAGUUUCCCCGGGCCCGGCAGCGCCCGGCCCCGCCCGUGCCGGGGCGGGAUCCCGGCCUGCCGAGCGAAGGGAAAGCGAAAGCGCCCGCGGGGGUUUCGCUUUCGCUGGCUCGGGCGCCUGGACGCGGGGCCCGGCCGGGAGCUCGUGGGGCCGCGGCGAGCGGAGCGGGGCCCCGACGGGGCGGGCGGGAUGGCGGAGCCGGGCGGGCACAUGCGGCUGAAGGAGUGGCUGGUGGCGCAGGUGGACAGCGGGCGCUACCCGGGGCUGCGCUGGGAGGACGGCGGCCGCUCGCUGUUCCGCAUCCCCUGGAAGCACGCGGCCAAGCAGGACUACCGGCAGCAGCAGGACGCGGCGCUCUUCAAGGCCUGGGCCGUCUACAAGGGCAAGUACCAGGAGGGCACGGACAAGGCGGACCCGUCCACCUGGAAGACACGGCUGCGCUGCGCGCUCAACAAGAGCACGGACUUCCAGGAGGUGCCGGAGCGCAGCCAGCUGGACAUCUCCGAGCCCUACAAGGUCUACCAGAUCGUGUCCGACGGCGCCAGGGAGCCGGAGAAGGCCGGCCGCCUGGAGUCCCCUGCCCUGGAAAAGCAGCGGCUGAGCCAGCCCGGCACUGCCAGGCACCCUCUGACGGUAGCUAACCACCGGCCGGACAAGGCCAGCGCGUCCUCAGACACAGAGGAGGAGAGCAAGAAGGAUGGGACGGAGACGGACCAGGGCUCUCCAGUGCCGCCUGUCUCUCUCUUGCCAAGCCAUCCUGCAGAGCAGGGAUACCGAGUGAAGGGGGUUUUCUACGGCUGGAACCCAGCCCACGGCCACCUGCUGCAGAGCCCACCGUCCUGCCCCAGCUAUGUGCCCCUCGACAACAUCAACAACUCAGACUGCUGGCUGCACAUCCGGCUGUACUACUGCGAUGUGCUGGUGACCGAGUUCACCACGCACACGGCCGAGGGCUGCCGCAUCACCUACCGCCCUGUGCCCGCCGACAACGAGCGCCUCUACGGCCCGUCCUGCAUGGAGCAGAUCCCUUUCCCGCCCCCGCGCCUGCUCAGCGCCCACAGCGGGGUGGCCAGUGUCCUGGACGUCCUGGAGCGACUCCUGCCUCACUUGGACCGCGGCGUCCUCCUGUGGGUGGCCCCCGAAGGUGUCUUCAUGAAGCGCCAGUGCCAGGGCCGGGUGUACUGGAACGGGCCCCUGGCACCACACCACGACCAGCCCAACAAGUUGGAGAGAGAGAAGACUUACAAACUCCUGGACACCCAGCAGUUCCUGCAGCAGCUGCGUGGGUACUUGAGCCGCGGGGAGCCCGUGCCCCAGUACCAGAUCCACCUCUGCUUUGGGGAGGAGUUCCCCGCCAGCCCCGGGCAGAACUUCCAGAAGCUCAUCAUGGCCCACAUCGAACCGGUGUUCGCUCGCGAGCUCUUCCACUGCGCCCAGCGGAUGGGGCCGCAGUUGCUCCAGGACUCCGUGCCACCGAGUGCCACCGAUGGGUCCAGCCACAUCAUCCAGAUCCUGAAGCAGUUGUGCCAGCCCUGAGCUGCUGAGAGGGAGAGAGAGAGAGAGAGCACGAGCUGGGAUCAGGACGGGGCCUCAACCCGCCCAGGAGCUCCCGCAGGUAGCGUGGGAGAGGCGAUUCCCAGCAGCUUGCAUCCCCCACCCCACGUCAGUCGCAGCCCUCGUCAUGGAGCCCCACGUUCAGCACAGCCCUGGCACGGCCACUUGCCCCUGCGUGCUCCGACCUGCAGGCCGGGGGGCUUGAGACAGGUCCAGCACCAGUAGGACUGGCAGCGUUUCAAUCAGCCACGCCGUGCAGACGCAUGCUCUGCACGCAAGGAUUGGUGUGCCGGGAGCCGAGCCCAGACUGGGGACAAGGGGUCGGGAUGGGACUCGCUGUAUUUAUUCAGAAGAAACGUUUGGUCUGGUUUGGAUCAGGACAGCUGCGAUGCCCCUGCUCCGGCUGCUGCAGCGGGGAGCCACACGUCACCCAGGGACCCUGCUUUUUUAGAUGAAUACUUAAAUAAAACAUGCCGUUUCCAGA